GCCAAACACCCUCAGAGAACCUUCAACUUUCUUGGCAGAACGGGGCUACAAGAAAGAAAAAGAAAAAAGGAAGAGCAGCGUGACCUUGUUGAAACGGCCGCAGCAGGACCAACAAUUCAGGAUUUGGGCGUGAAUCAAAGCUGGUAGAAGUGCUGUCAGACCGGAACUAUGGCGUGGGUGUGCAACGGGAGUGAUGGAGCUGGUGGCUGGAACUGAACUGGCGGAACACCACGGCUUGGGCGAGGAUCAGAGUGGAAAGGGCCUCUGGCGAGGAUCGGAGCGGGCAGAGCCUUGGGGUGUGGAUUGGUGGCCUCUGACCAACGGGGACCACUGUGACGGGUGGAGAAUAGGCCGAACGUUUUCUGACCGGCGAAAACGAGUGGACUAGCACCCAAAAUAUUCAGGCAAGAUAUUGCCGAGACACUGUGCAAUAGAAAGCAAAAGCCUUCUGGGUUAUCAAUAGAGAUGCCAAGUUCCUCUGUUGAGUUAGUAAAACAUGCAAAUUCUGAGCAUCAUGUGAGAGAGAAUAGCGAAUACACUAGACUGGUCAUCUCAAGUGAACCAUGUUCAGCAGAAGCUGAUAUCUUACAGCCUCAAGCAGAUGCAAGGACUAAGUCUUUCCUCUGGUGGAUCAAAGUCUUAUUAUGGUGCAUGGUAAUCAUAAUAUUUCUUCUCAUUUUCUUGAAAUGGGGAGUUCCAUUUCUUUUUGAGAAGGUUCUCUUGCCACUCAUGCAGUGGGAAGCCACUGCCUUUGGCCAUCCAGUUCUUGCCCUCGUGCUUGUUGCUUCUCUGGCACUUUUUCCUGUGUUCUUAAUCCCUUCCGGCCCUUCCAUGUGGUUGGCUGGGAUGAUUUUUGGAUAUGGAAUUGGGUUUGUUAUAAUCAUGGUUGGAACAACUAUUGGGAUGAUCCUCCCCUAUUUUAUUGGACUGCUAUUUCGUGACCGCAUUCAUCAAUGGUUCAAGAAAUGGCCACAGAAAGCUGAAAUGAUUAGACUGGCUGGAGAAGGAAGCUGGUUCCAUCAAUUCAAAGUGGUUGCUCUCUUUAGGGUUUCACCAUUUCCAUACACAAUUUUCAACUAUGCAAUUGUGGUAACAAGUAUGAAGUUUUGGCCCUACUUAUGUGGAUCAAUUGCUGGAAUGGUCCCAGAAGCUUUCAUUUAUAUCUAUAGCGGUCGGUUGAUAAGGACAUUAGCAGAUGCAAAGUAUGGGAACCUUCGCCUCACUAAGGUCGAAAUCAUAUACAACAUUAUCUCCUUCAUUAUCGCAGUCAUUACCACAAUUGCAUUCACUGUUUAUGCAAAAAGAGCUUUGGAUGAGAUCCAAAAGGCUGAGACUAAUGGGGAAGAUGCCUCUCUCUCUGACCAUGGCAGUCUUGAGAUGGAGAAGCUUCCACUUGAAAGACCUAAGCAGCUUUGUGUCUCAUCCUCUUCGGCAUAACCUGGUUUCUUAGAGAAUAGACUAGUAUCUGUAAAUAUUGGCAUUAAUUAGAGGGGUUUCAAAUUCCUUGAUACUUGUAACACUUUUUAUUCCUUUUGCCAUGGUACUGAUAUUUUUAAGUACAAAAGUUGUAGACACUCGAACAAAGAAAAAAAAAAAAAUUGGUUAUAUCAUACAUGAAAUGCAACAAAUUUCUAAGCA